CUGACUUGCUUGAAACAGCGCUUCAGUGCGUCAGGAUUGCGCUUCUUGCUCCCGUAGGGCUUGCCUUGCCUCGUGCUGCCAGGAACCCGGAACGGCACUCCCCCAGACGUCACAACGACUCAGUGUAGAUAACGAUGUAAACGCGUACAAAAUAAUGGAAGUUUGCUAGUUGCAAUGAGAUUUAAUCGUAUUGCGUCCGAGCUCCGUCCUGGGUUUGGCAACAAUCAAACGUGGAUAAUGUAACCCGUCAUCCCCUCUCUUCAGAUUACCAGCCACUAAAAUCGGCAAAAAAAUCAGGCGUUAGGUCACGACGCGCGAUUGGCACAUUCCUAGCCUGGCGAUUAGUGGAAUUGCUCACUCCUGUCCUGACACAUUUAGCUAUCACUGAAACACCCCAUAGACCAAUCCGGUGCGGGGCUGGUGUGCGGUGAACGGUGACGGUGAAAUGCCCCGCACCAUCGAAUGCUACGCCAGCGGGGCCUUGUACACUUGAACAGGCUUGGAUAAAUAGUAUUCAGCUUGCUGGCCAAGCGUCCUGAGAAGGCUUCUCAGUGCUCAGUCUGACACCAGACGUUGCAACGGCGCUUGGGCGUCACGCGGUGUCCUAAGCUAAGCACUAAGCUACAAUACAGCUUAAGGCGUUUCAUACUAUUCCAGUGCUGUUGGCAGGGCAAAACUUCUUCGCAGUGAUUCUAUUACUGGGGUCGAGCAGCAGCUUGACUUCCCAAAUAAACUAGUGGCAGCGUCAGCGUGGCUACGACAUAUGGCACCCACAGUACUCCGCCGCGUCUUCUGCCCCUGCUUUGGUCACGCUGAUGAUGGUGGGGCGCGCGCGCAUGUUGCGGUUGGUGCCAGCAACCGAGACUCGUACGGUAUGCAGCAGCUUUCCGCCGAGGCGUCUGGAUUGGCUGCAGCGCAAAGCAAUGAUGGUGGGAACAACGAAGCGCCGGACGCGACGUGUGCGGCGCCUUUCACCAUAUCCGGUCUCGAUGACGACACCGGCGUCGUCAAGUCCCUCUCCACCAAUCCUGCUGGCUUCACUGGCCCAAACAUGUUGAAAGCUCAGCUGGCCGCGGCUGGAAGAGGUCCCGCAGCGGCAGCAGCGACGGAGCAAGCCCUGGCGGCUGCAGCAGGGGCUACAGAAGCGGUUGCGGGUCAGCACACGACGACCGCAUCCAGUUCGUCAGGCGCAACCGCUCAGCAGCGAGCCAUACCCAUCGGGGUGCCUUCAGCAGCGCAGGUUGCCAGCGUUGUAGGGUGCUCCGCUGCGCGGCCGGGCCAAUUUGGUGCCAGCGGGGCAGCCGCCAAUGGGCGGCAUUCUCCCGGCGCCACCGAGCCGCCCAGCCUCGACGACCAAGGCGACAGGGGCGCUGGGGGCAGGUCGAGCGGCACAAGCAGCAGUGGCAGCAGCGCAUAUUACAGCCCGCGCAGCAACGGCGCUUCUUCAUCCACCGCCAAGGAUCCAGAUGUGGGUGCCGCUUCCCGCGGUCAGGAGGAGCGCUGCAGCCGCACCGACGCGUCGCCACCGGGAACUGCACCGGCAGCAAACCCUCCUACGGCCACCGGGCUUGUAGUUGGCCGCCUAUCCACUACAGACGCAGACUCAGCGGCGGCCGCCGCCGAAGUCCAAGCUGGCGGCAGCGGUUGGCAGGCGGUGACGGCGGCGGUGACAGCCGGCGAUGUCACCGGCGAGGUGGUCGUGGUCAGGGCGCUAGCUAAUACUGCCGCGGCGGCCGCCGGCAAUGGUGCGCUCCAGCCCGACAAGCCCUCCCAGCUGAAGUCGGCGCCGGUGGUGGUGGUGCCCGCGGCCGCCUCGCUCUUGCCGUCACCUAGCGCCAGGGCCGGGGCUGCAACCUCUGGCCCCUGUGGAAACGGCGACGCCGCCGGCACGGGCAUGGCAGGCGCGGCGCGCGCCGGCCCAUCACUGUCCAUCGCGAGCCCACUGCAGCGGCGGCAUCACGGCGUCAGCCUGCAGCCUUGUGAAGUCGCAGGCUUGCAAGUGACCGCCAGUGCUGCCACCGCCAGCGCCACCCUCGAGUCCGCCGGCAGCCGGCCCGGCUGCUGCACAACGCUGUGGCCCCGCCUAAGCACGGUCGUCGUUGGAGGUGUUGGCGGCGGCGGCGCGCUUGGCGGCGCCAUCAGCGGCGGCAGUAGCCGCCGGCGGGUCAACAGCAUGUCAGAGCCAAUCUUUACCAGCGGCGCGGCCAGCAGCUCGGCGACUGAGCUGGGCGCGGCAGCAGUUCUGGCGCCACUGGGUUCGGGUGUGGGCGAUGCGCUGGACACAGCGGCUGACGCGGCGGCGCUGGAGGAGGGAGGCCGCAGCAUGCUGGACACCUUCCGGCGCCUCCACGCCGAGGACCUGGAUCUGCUGACAACAACACGGCAGGAGUUGGAUCUAGAUUCAAGGUUAUCGUCGCUGGUGGUGAUGCCGGAUGUGGCUGUGGCUGCCGUUGUCACUGGCGCCGUUGGUGGCGGCGGCCCUGGCGGCGACAUGCCGCGGCCCGGCGCUGUCGGCGUUGUGCUUUCGACGGCGGCGGCGGCCACGGUUGCGGCUGCCCACGAAGGGAGUAGUGCGCAGUCCAAAGGUGCGCCUGGCGCUGGGGCUGCCGCGUACGCAGCCCUACUGCCACUAGGCACCAGCUUGCAGCACCCGAGUGCGCACGGCGAGGCGGCAGCUCGACAUGCAGUGAGCUUGUGCCAGGAUCCCGCUGACGGCUCGUCUGCUGCUGCCAGCCGCGCCAGCAGCGCCUGCGCUGCCGCCAGUAGCUGGCAGGCGGCUCUGACACACAGCGGCCGUGCCUCGCCACUGCUGGCAUCCUUGUACACGCGGCAGCACACGCAGGUGAUGGCGUCGAUGGCCGGCCCAGCUGCUGGCGAGGCCGGCACCGGCGCAGAGGCCGCCGGGCAGCCGGCGAUGCAGGGCGUGUGUGUGGCGGGCACAGCGGAGCGGCAGGCGGUCAGUGAUGCGAUCGCGGCGGCGAUGCAGGCGGGGGCUCUAGUGCCGCGGCACAUGCCGGCGCUGGAGGCUGAUACUGCUUCGCAGUCAUUGCAAGACCAGCAGCAGCAGCAGCAGCAGCAGCAGCAGAAGCAGCAGCAGCAGCAGCCGCGCCCCACUGACAAGGUGGUUGUGCCGCGGGCAUGGCUGAGCCGGUGGAUGUCGGCUGACAGGGCGACCGUGGGGACCCGCGCCUGCGUCGCCAUCGCUGAAUCGGUUGGUUCCGAUACUACGGCGUCGUUUGCUAUUGCCACGGCGGCGUCGGACGCUGGCGUCACCGCUGACGCGCCGCUUUCUGCUGUUGAGGCCCGACCUGGUAAAACCGUUGCAACAACGGCUGCCGCAGAAGGCGUAGGGUCAGCUGACCCCACAGGGCCGAGUCACAUGGGCGGCCACCACAGCCCCUCGUGGCUUGUGCCGCAAGCGGCAACACAACAUCCGCUAGUCCAAGAACUUCAGCCUCUUGAGCACAUACAGCAACAGCAGCAGCUGCGUUCUCAGCGGGGCAAGUCGUCUGAGCCUCUAAGCCUGGGCUCCGUCAACACUACCAGUUUAACGACUUGCUCACCACCGCAGCAGGUUGUCAGCACAGCGGCCUGGGAAUCGACAGGAGCAGGGGCGGCGGCAGCCGCGGCAGGCGCGGCCUUCCAUGGGCUUCCGCCGCCGCCUGCGAUGCCCCUGUAUCGGGCCCCUGCAGCGCCAUGCAUGCCACCGCCGCCACACCAUGUGCAGCCGCAACCCCAGUACGGAGACAGCUUAAACAUUAAGGGCGGCAGGCGGUCACAGCUGCUGCAGUACUACUGGGCGUCAGCGAUGGCGACGCAAGGCAGCUCGCAUCUCCAUCAGGCGGCCGCCUCAGCAGCAACGAGGGCCGGAUCAGAAGGCAUAGUCCCAGCAUCGGGCUUGGCAGCGCCCACUGCGGCCGCAGCAGCAAUGCCCCGCCCGGGAGUGGCGGCGGCGCUGGGACCAUCAGGCGAGCCGCGCGUGCCUCUGUCCGCGCUGGCCAGCCUGGACAUUGCGCGGCUGAGCUGCGAGGUGUCGGCGCUGGUGUGGAUCGGGCAGGGCGGCGGCGGCGCGGUGUUUCAGGGGCUGUGGCAGGGCGCGCGUGUGGCGGUCAAGUUCCUUCUGGCGGCCAGCCCGGCGCACGUGGACGCCUCAGCACUGGAAGCCAUCGUCAGCCUGUCGGUGGCGCACCCCAACGUGGUGCACACCUACGCGGCCGAGGUGUGCCGCCUGUCGGAGGCGUCGCUGGCGGAGCCGCAGGCCGGCGGGCGCGGGCUGGCGGGUUCAGCUGGCGGCGACGCGGGCGGUGGCGGCGACAGCAGCACCGAUCCCGCAACCUUGGCGCUCAUGCGGGCGGUGCUUGGCUCCACGGCCAGCGCCCUUGACGACCUGCUGGCCGGCACACCUCCCAGCGGCGCCUGGCCGCCCGCCCCUACGUCGCUCGCAGCUGUGCCGAGCACACCCGCCAACCCACCGCCCAUGUCGCGCCAUUCCCUGUGGGAAAGCAACGAAGGGUUUGGUGAGCCGGAUCUGGCAAAGGACGACCGCGCCUGGUCGCUGCGGCAGGUGCUGGGCUACCUUAAGGCUCGGCCGCAGAUGUACCUCACACACAUCAUCAUGGAGCACUGCGACCGCGGCUCGCUGCUCAGCGCCAUAAAGCGCGGCAUAUUCCGGCUGGAGCCCCUGCAGCCUGAUAGCGGCCUUGGCAGCACCGUCGGCGGCCGCGGCGCCGCCGCAGCGCUGGGGCAUGCGGUCGCGCCUGUGCAGCGCGCAGCCCCAGCUGCUGCUGGCCACGGUGGCACCUCCGGGUCCCCAUCUGUUGUUGGCACCGGCAGCCAGAGGGCGUCACAUGUGGGGCUGGAGGGCGCAAGACAGCAAUCCCAGCAGCCGCAGCAGCCCCAGCCGCAGGAGGUAGCCGAGUCGGCGCCGCCGCAUUUCCCGCGCCGCGUGGUGCUCCGCGCCAUCCUGCGCACCGCCCGUGACAUCGCACAGGGUAUGGCGCACCUGCACGCCAAUGGCAUCAUUCACGGAGACCUGAAACCAGGCAACGUGCUGUUGCGAGGCUGCCGCAGCGAUCGCCGCGGCUUUGUGGCUGCGGUGGCGGAUUUCGGACUGAGCAAGGUUGUGCGCGGCGACCAGCCUCUCGAGCUGGACCGCUGGAGCACGGUGACGGUGAUGGCGCCGGAGACCAUUCAGGGCCGCUGGCACAAGGCGUCAGAUGUGUACGCUUUCGGCAUCCUGCUGUGGCAGCUGGUCACAAGCGAAGUGAUGCCGUACGGCAACCUGACAGUCGGGCAGAUUCUGCUGGGCGUGUCGCAGGGCACGCUGCGACCGGGAUGGCCCGGGGGCGUGCACCCCGCUCUGGUGCGGCUGGGCCGGGCGUGUCUGGCGACCAACGCCAGCGAGCGCCCCAGCUUUGACGCAAUCGCCAAGGUGCUGACCAAGAUUGAGACCAACGUGCGGAACGAGCUGCGCGAGCAACAGCAGCAGCCGCACAACGAUUUGUAGGCAGAGCUCUUACACGCUGCGCCGCACUAAGAGUGCACAGGAUAUGGAAUGGGUCAAGCAUUCAUGCAUCGAGGUCCGGCAUGCCCUUAAAUGCUGUUUCACAAACCACCCACUCGGAGGCGUCGCAGAACUGCACACAAUUGUUCCUGUGUGGGAGGAUUCACGAUCAUCAUGAUACUUGUGGGAGGGAGGCGUCAAGCGUUUAUGUCAACAAGCAAGUGCUGCUCGUGCUGGCUUUGACCACUGCAGUAGACUGUGUCAGCGGGACGUGGAUGGCGGAGGCCACGAAAGAUACAUGUCUGAGGAAGAUACCUGUACCCCAACCGACGCAUGCUUAGUACGCAUGAGCACCAUGGGCUCGAGCUGUACCCCGCUGCACGUUUGAACGCCCUUUGAAGCAUGCGCUAGGUGCCAGUACAGGUGCACUAUAUUCUCUGUCACUGCAUGCGAGCCUAAGCGCGUCGCCUGCCACUCCAGUGGACCGUUGGGCGUUGCAAGCAGGGCUCGGGGUGCUGGUCCACAGGGGAAUCCUCAGUUUCUAGAAAGUAUCAUACUGAGGGCGGGUCGCACGCCAGGGGAACCAUGCAGUGCGAUUAACUAAGUCUGUGUAUUGAUAAUGCAGUGUAGCCGUGUAGUUCGACAGGACGGCACCGUACACACAAGCCUGUGCGGGUGCGAAUGUACGCGCCGCCUCCCCGAACGCUGCGCAAAGGAUUUGUGGUCGAAGUCACGAGAUUGCAUGGGCUGGGCGGUUGGCGCUUUGCGUACCGGUGCGCAAAUGAGGAUCAUCACGUUGACAGUCUUUUCAACUUGUUUAUAUAUUGUGGGCGGCGCGGGCAAGAAAUGCACUCACAACUGCAUAGUGGGGGAAGGCAAAGCACCCUGGCCCGUGCCUGGCCAUCGGACCGUCACUGUCCGUCCGACCGGCUAAGUGUUGGUAAUGGGUUGGCCCAGCGUUGCUAUUAUAUUCAUACACCAGUGCAUAAACCCAGCGUCAGUAAUCUGCUUGCGGUGUUGCCCGGGAUUGUAGGGACGGAUGCCUCAUAGGCCAGUCAUCAUGACGAUUCCAAUCUGGCACAUUGUACAAGGCUGGUAAUCGGCUGUCGUUGAUGUGGAUGAAAAGCGCUGGCGUUUAUUGGGCUUCUUAUCAGGGUAAUCGCAUCGGCAGCUGCAUCAAAGAUCAUGUGGGGCGUGUUCAAAACGCAUUACCUGGUUUGGAGUGUGCGUUCAACAUGGUAUCUGUCAAUGCCAGUAGUGUCCCUGGUUGGUACCAUGGACAGAAACAGUGCUGCUGACAGAAUGCAAUGUGCAAGUUGACGGCUGGGGGCCGGUUUCAGCUGUUUCACCUGUCACCUUAAGUUUGCCGCGCUUUAGCGCCAUUGUAUCCGUGUCGCGCGUGUCCUGGACAGCCUUCGCGCCGGCGGUGGGCUGUGAUGGGCCUGGAGCUGGAGCAUGUCUGCGGUCACCAAAAGCGCUUCUGCAACACAUAGUCGAGAGGAGGGUUUGCGCUGAGGCCUCCUAGGCGCGCUGGUGCAAGGAGUGCCAAACGGACCCGCAGCUGCCAGUCAAGCGAUGAAGCGAAUUACCGGGUGCAUUGCCAUGGGCAGGCAGGACUGGAGAUAGGGCACGUCAGAGCGGAGACGUGGCGUAACUACCGGUAUGACCGCUCCGCUGCAUGUCACUUGGCAUCAUCCGCUGAGGGGCUGGGGCCAGGGACCACGUCGCCCCAUUGCUACUGCCGCCACGGGUCCACCAGCUCCUGCUGCUGCCCAUCAUGGCUGUGUGUGCAUGCAGUGCUGCAGUAGGUGCCCCCAACAAUCUGCAUAUCAGCACAACCAGGUGGCGCAUGGGACUAAUCAGGUGUAGGAAUGGUCGGUGUGCUGGUUUACGCUGCGUGAUGAUAGAUGCGAAAGCCACAUAGUGUCAGCAAGGGGCUCAGUGGGGAUGAUACGUGGAUGACCCGGCUCAGUGGGUGAGGGCUCAGCGGGGCUCAGUGAUUGACGUGUGUUGCGGAACUAACGCGUACGUAGACCAGAGGGGCUCAGUCGUGGCCUCAGUGGGGCUCAGUCGUGGGCUCAGUGGGGCUCAGUGGAUGAUGGCUGGGUGACGGCUGGGUGACGGGUCAGUCGUGGGCUGUGCAGGGACGUGACGUCAGCUCCGCAACCAACAUCCGGCACGUGCUGGUGGAGAUGCUGCUGGGGCACAAGCGACCUGCAUCGCUGCAGACUGGCUGCGGCGGCUGCGGCGGCUGCGGCGGCUGCGGCGGCGGCGGCAGCGGCGGCAGCGGCGGCGGCAGCAGCGGGGGCGCGUGCGCGCAUCUUGGUAGCGGAGGAGGCGGGAAAGGCCACGUGGAGGAGGAGAGCGCAGCGCCGCCCAAGAAGCGGCGCAAGCGCGCAGGCUGAGGAGCCGGCUGGUGUCCAGGUAGCGGCCCGCGGUGGGGCUGGCAGGGCGGCAUGACAAGUAGUGCGGCUGUUGACAACUGUGCUGCGUCUGGCUGUGGUUGGCUCUGCUGCUGUGGCAUCGCGAUUGCUAGGCACCUGGUUUGGCUAUUUGCCCGUGGAAACCGACCCCGGCUAUGUCCGGGCGAUGAGGUUGUUCGGCCUCAGACUGUGGAGGGGCUCAGCCCCUUUAUUUUCCCGUGACGUAUCUGGCGGCCGGCGUUCUGGGUUCCGCCGCCGUCACGUGUUGCGGCGGCAGGCUGGUAGAACAUUCCCUGGUUGCGAGCGGUACUUACUGCACCUGCAUUCAUGCACCGCCUUAAUAAGAACCGCUCUGA